UGCGCGCAGCUUCGCCGCCGCCGGCGGCAGGGGCCUAUGUACCAAUGGCUGCGGGCGGCCCUCAGCCCCCUCCUCGCCGCCGCCCGCCGCCCUGCGCCGCCUCCGGCCCCGGCCCCGGCCCCGGCCCCGCCGCCGCCUCGCAAGAGGUCGCUCCGCAGGGCUAAGCCACCUCUGGAAGAUUCUGACCAGACUCGACCAAAAAAGCAAAAAUCAGGUUAUGCUGUCUCUGAGCCUACAGAGAAAGUUGAGGAAGUUUCUGCUGUGGCGAAGUUGCCAGCUGAGGAAACAAAUGAACAUGGGAAAGCUUCCGUCAGCAAUGCAGCUCCGAUCACAGAGCCCACGGAUGAGACUCAGUCCACUUCAUCUGGCCGUUUGUCUAAAACACCAGCAAGUGCUGCGCUAGAAGUAGAAAUACUACAAAUUGAUAAAAUGCCUUGUGGAACCAGCACUUGCUUGAAUAAUGAAACACUAUCCCUUUCUCAUAAGACGAUUCCGUAUCUGAGCACAAGCAGGAAUGGCAACCACCACAUCAAACCUACUCCAGGAGACACUGUAACACUCAGGCCACCCAUUAAGGAGCACACUAUGCCAGAGCCUGCGACUUCAGAAGUCGGCAAAAUGGGGAGGCCUUUCUCUACUGUGGAAGAGGAUGUUCUGAGAGGCGAAAAGGAGAAAUACAAACAGAUCUUGAAACUAGUAAAGGAAAAAUAUCCUAGAAGCCGCUCUAUCUCACAGCCGACAAGCUUCUGCAAUGUUCAGGCUUACUCCAAGGAACCAGUGACGGCUGCAAGUCACCUGGAAGAACAAAAAUGCGGAGAUGUCUCUCAAUAUACGACACUAAGAACCAAUAACAAACGUGGAGAUUGCUGCAGCACACACAGGUCUCCCAGAGGCGAUAUGAUCAGAUACUACACACCAGAAGAAAAUUCUCGUGAACAGGGAAGACCAGUGAAACAAGCCAGUUCAGGGAGACAGCGUGGAGCUCAAAUCUCAGAAGAGGUGUCAUUUCGUUUGUGUUUGGCACCUGUUUUGUCCAAAAGGGCAUCUGUCCUUGAUGUGGAAGAAAAGAAAUUCCCAAGAUCAGAAAAAAGAGUAGAACGCUUCGCUCCGCUCACAGAGGACAUGGAGAGAGAGAUCACUGCUGCGUUAGGCGAAGGCAAGCCAGAUGAUAUCAUGAGCAGUGCCUUCAAACUGAAGGUCACCCGUGAGGACAUCCACACACUGAAGAACUUUUACUGGCUAAAUGAUGAGAUCAUUAAUUUCUACAUGAAUCUUCUGGUGGAGAGAAAUAAAAAAGAAGGCUAUCCAGCAGUCUAUGCUUUUAGUACUUUUUUCUAUCCCAAACUUACUUCUGGGGGCUACAAAGCAGUAAGAAGAUGGACUAGAGGUGUGGAUCUCUUUAAGCAGGACCUCAUUGUAGUCCCCAUUCACUUGACAAUGCACUGGGCACUAGCGGUCAUAGAUGUCAGAAGGAAGACCAUCAUGUACUUUGACUCGAUGGCACAAAAAGGGGACAAGAUUUGUGAAGCAUUAUUCCAGUACCUGCAAGAAGAAAGCCAGGAAAAACGAAACCUGGAGCUAUCAUUUUCGGAGUGGAUUCUUCGCAACAUGGAGCCACAUGAAAUCCCUCAGCAAACGAAUGGAAGCGACUGCGGGGUUUUUUUGUGCAAAUACGCAGAUUACAUCUCCAGAGACAAACCGAUAACCUUCACACAGAAUCACAUGCCUUACUUCCGCAGGAAGAUGGUAUGGGAAAUAAUCCAUCAGCAGCUGCUGUGAGACAUGCACUAUUCGAGUAACACUGUGAUCACCUUGGGGUGACUAAUUCUUAUUUUAAUUACUUUUGCAAAUGCCUUAUUCGAAAAGACAGCAGGCACACAAGUUUUCUUCUUUAGGCUAUAAAGUAGCGGUUAUUUUUUUUCUUGAUUUUUGGAGACAGUAGCUCUCUUUGAAAUUAGCUAAUGCACCUUGAGUGCAAGUCAGAAAGUUUGCUGUGACCUCGCCAGGGGAGUGGUUAAGAACAAAGGCUGUGAACCUCUGUCAUUGGAAGGCUCACAUCUUGCAGCACACGUGGCCACGUUAUGGACAAAUAGGACUCUUGAGCGUGGUGGUAACAGUUGUGUUAACCCAACGGAUCUCCCCCAGAACAACGUGCUUAGCUACUGUUUCUUCAAGGAGAGCUUUCGUCUGUUUCUGGAAUAUCUAUGACCUACUUGAUUCCUAAAACUGGAUUUGUGAUGACCAUAGAAAAAAAAAAAUAUUUUCAAUCUCUUGAUUGGUAGCAAAUCCAUAGUGAAGCCCCUGUAGUUGGGGUGGUUUUGUUUUUGUUUUGUCUCCAGGGACUUAUCUUAUGUGAAGAGAGAGAUAUUUAUUUCUUUUCUUUAUUAAAAUAAAUAUUUAACUUAUAUAAAGAGCCUUUCUGGAAAAAACUCUA